ACAACUACAACACAGCCUUUCCCUGACCCUCCCGUAUUCUUAUCAAUCUCCAGUGACUACAUUUCUUCAUCUAGCUGAGAAAACGUUGUAGUAAGACGAUGAGUAGUGAAAAAUACCCCAGGUCUUCAAUUGAAGACGAUUUUAACUAUGGCACAAAUGUUGCUACAGCCAGUGUCCAGAUACGUAUGGACUUCCUGAGGAAGGUAUACACCCUCCUGAGCUUGCAGAUCAUUCUGACAACAGCAACCUCUGCCCUCUUUAUGUUCUCUCAAACCAUCAAGGAGUUUGUCCAUGCCAGUCCUGCUGUGGUUUUGGUCUCUGCCCUGGGCUCUCUGGUUCUGCUGUUGGCCCUGGCCAUGUACAGACACCAACAUCCAGUCAACCUCUACCUGCUGCUUGUAUUUACUCUGCUGGAGGCAGUGUCUGUGGCCACAGCUUUGACCUUCUAUGAGUACUCCACUGUGCUGCAAGCCUUGUUCCUGACCUGUGCUGUGUUUGCUGGACUGACAGCCUAUACCUUCCAGUCAAAGAGAGACUUCAGCAAAAUGGGAGCAGGACUGUUCUCCUGGCUGUGGAUCCUCAUCAUUGCAGGCUUCAUGAAGUUCUUUUUCAACAGUGACAGCACAGAACUGGUCUUGGCUGGAGCCGGAGCUCUAGUUUUCUGUGGCUUCAUCAUCUAUGACACCAGCCUGCUGAUGAAGCAGCUCUCCCCUGAGGAGCACAUCUUGGCUUCCAUAAACCUCUACUUGGACAUCGUCAAUCUCUUCCUGCACAUCCUGCGUCUCCUCGAUUCAAUGAAGAAGCACUGAAAGCUGCAGCACCACUGCAAAUUGCUUGGUUGUAAAAGAAUCAUCAAUGUAAAAAUACCUGUUUGUCCUUGGUGAACUAUCUUCAUGGACAGCUGCGCUACUUGCUUUCUUUUUCACAGCAGAUAUUUCACUUGUCAUAGAAGGAAAGCACAGGUGUUACUAAUAUUGGCUCUGUUCUAUUUAAAUGUCCCAGUAGACACUGAAUUGAGUCAACAUGCACAAUAUGAGGACCCCAAAACCCAAGAAGCCAGAUGGAGUUCGGCCAUUAGUAAUUUAAUUUAAUUAUACCUGUGCUUUCCCUACUGUGACAUUACAAAAUGUCUUCCAUGACAAAGGCCUAUUUCUGUUUUUCACCUAACUAGCUUUUUAGAUGAUUGUGCUUUUGUAAUAUGUUAAGUAGAUUUAUAUCAGUGCAGUUUUGUUCUAAAAACCAAAAUGUACAGAUCAUAUUGUGUGCCAGCUUAGUAACUUAUAGAUGCACUACCUAAUUUUAUAUAGAGCGUUCAAGGGAUACUGUGUAUACAUGUAGACGCUAUCACUAGUGUGAUGCAGCUAAAUAUCCCUGUUGUCUAGAUGCAGGUGACCAUGAUGAAGAAAUGAGUCUUUUCCAAAAACACUGUCCAGGGCUUUAAUGCAGGUUCAGCAGAACAUGGGCUACGAACAUGGGAACAUGGGAUUUGGUAUCUGGAAAGACACAAAAAUGAUUAAUCAAUAUUAUGUGAUGAAGGAAUAUUAGAACAGUAAGGUUCUGGUGUUUCUGCAUCACAAUACUGUAGAAUGGGUAGAGUGGUGAAAUGUAGCAUUAGCUGGCUUAUGCUGCCAACUAUUGGCUUACAUUGAUGCAAGAUAAAUGGGAGAAAACGGUAAAUACUGAUAGAAUAAUCACAAA